AUGGCACCGUAUGCAGCCCUCGCCAGAAGCGUACUCGAGGAACAGGCUUCACAGCCUCAUCUCCUCAAGCGAGAUCUCUCCGUCAACCACACUCAAGCAGUAACCUUGGGCGUUAUGGGGGCGUACGUCGUUGUCAUCGCACUGCUCUGGAACCUCCCCUACGUCCGCUGGUCAUUAUGGCCUUUCAAGAUGCUGGUCAUCGCCUUCCAUGAAUUCGGCCAUGCCAUCACCGCAUGCUGCACAGGAGGCAGAGUAAAGUCCAUCUCAUUAGACCCCCACGAAGGCGGCGUCACGCACAUGCAGGGCGGUAUCAGCGCCAUCACCCUGCCAGCAGGAUACCUAGGCUCGUCCAUUAUCGGUGCUCUGCUGAUCUUUGCUGGGUUUGACAUUGUCGCAAGCAAGGUGGCGAGUAUUAUCCUGGGGGUGUGCUUCUUGCUUACGCUGUGGUGGGCGCGGAGGGACUGGCUGACUAUCGUGACGAUUCUGAUGGCCGUCGGGUUACUGGUUGCGUGUUGGUUUAUCGUUCAUGGGGAGGCGUUGCGGUGGGUUGUUCUAUUUAUCGGAGUCAUGUCAGCGCUUUACAGCGUCUGGGAUAUUUGUGACGAUCUCAUUCUCCGCAAAGUCAAUACUUCCGAUGCGAGUGUCUUCGCGCAGAGAUACGGUGGCUCUUCUCGCUGCUGGGGCGUCAUCUGGUCCCUUAUUUCCCUGGGGUUCAUGGCUGUUGGCAUUGUGGCUGCCAUCGCGGCGUUUCCCCAGUCGUUCAGCGAGCAGCAGGAGCAAUCUAAGCAUUUCAUUCCGACGCGGUGAACUGUGAGCUUAAUGGCUAUGAGUGAUGAUAAUGAUUGACCUUUUCUUUUUUUGGCUGUCUGUCCGGUGAUGUUUGUUUUGCAUGUAUAGAAUUCGUCUUUGUUUACUUGAGACCGCAGCCUAGAGCAACCUGUCUUGCCGAAUGCGGAAUGUAAUAUUACCAUUAAGUCCACACCCAGUCUAGCAUGAUAUACUACUAUUACAACCAAUUCUCU